AUGAGCUUCGAGGAGGAAAGAGGGAAAAACUGGGAGGAUUCGAAGAAAAAGCGGAUCUACCUCCAGAUUUGCGACUAUGAAACGAAGGAGUUUUCCGGGCUAACAACUUACCACGGUUUGGUCCGCAUCUAUAAUUCCAACACAUGGCCCUCGCGAAUUUUUUGGUGCGUCGUGGUGCUGUCGUGCCUUUUCCUGUUUAUGGUGCACAGCGGCUUCUUGCUGCUGAAUUAUCACUCGAAGCCGACACUAUUCCAAGUGAACGUCAUCGUGCCCGAGGAGGGGAUUCCGUUUCCGGAUGUGACCAUCUGCAACACCAGCCCGGUCGACCCGAGGAAGGUGGCAGCUUGGAACAUGUCGGACUCGGUGUUAAAGUACGUCCUGAAAGCCUACCUGGAAGCGUUGGACGACGAUGUGCCCGGGCUCGAAAAAGAACAUCGAGAAUUUAUCAACUACACAAAACACUACGAGAAAGCGAACCAGAAGCCCUUUUCGUUUUUGGAGUUUUUCCGGCUUGCUGGUAAUGACUGCGAGUCUUUGGUUGAAUGGUGUGCUUUUGGCGGGGUGCCGCUGCAAGAUUGCUGCAACGCCACGCAGAAAAUUCUCACGGAUUCGGGGCUUUGUAUCAGAUUCACCAAUACCAAUCGUCGACAAUGGUUUUCCGGCUGGGCGCACGGGUGGCAGAUUUUGCUGCGCGCUGGGGUGAGCUUUGAAGAUGAUAAUCUCCUACCAGACGUCUUUGCCGACGAGGGCGUACGCGUGGCGGUUCACGAGAAUAAUGAGUUCCCAUCAAUGCGCGCGCAGUCGAUCUCAGUACCUCCGGAGACGGCGCUUUAUGCCGGAAUGGAUGUGAAGAACAUAACCCUGCUCGCGCGUCACGAUUGGGGCCUCUGCCAGCCGGGCUGGGACCCGGCACUGCAUGGAGAUCUCAUCGUCCCUUUUGAGUACUCGUCACGCCACUGCGAGGCCAACUGUCUGAUGAAGCGCUACAUUGAAGCGUGCGGAUGCGUCCCGCUGGCUUAUACGCUGGCUGAUCAGUAUGCCAUUUGCACGCCGCUUGAGCUCGCCGGGGCGUGCAAAGAGUCGAUUAACAAUUCUGCCACCUGCGCUUGCGACGUGAAAUGCGAGCAGAUGGAGUACGAGCUGAAAACGUCGUAUGGCAAUCUUGGGCGUGGGGAUCGGGAUCAUAGUUCACAUAAGGAAACCGAUCCCCUGAUUCUCGUGAACGUCUACAUGCGCGAGAUUUCCUACGAGCGCCACGAGCAGCAGAAGCAGCUCCAGACGGCCGACUUGUUGAGUAACAUUGCCGGCUCGAUGGGCCUUUUCCUCGGAAUGUCGACGGUGACGCUCCUUGAAAUCUUCAUCUACCUCUUCAAAUCGGUCUGGGGCACGAUUAACAGUGAUCGACAGAAGCAGUUUGCCGAGGCGAUGCUACUCGAGGAAAACGAGCUGCUCGACGAGCAACAACUUAUUGUCGUCGAGGACGAGCCGAACGAGCCCUUCUCGACGCCUCAAUCUCCUGAUUUGAUGGUGCCAACUGAACGUCGUCCUUCGAGAAGGAUCUCCAUCGUGCCACUCUCUCAAUUGACGCUCAACCCAAUGCAGACCGGCGGCCCCCACAGGAGGUCGAUCUCGAUGGCCGCACCGAUGGACGUGAGAAGAGUAUCGCUCGCCGCCCCACUCGAACGAAGGAGGGCUAGCCAUCAAGAAUCGGUGAUCACGCUCGGCGUCCCAAGCACCCAACACCGUAACUCCUUCUCCAGUGAGGACCACAUCCGACUGAACCUGCGCGGGCGGCGCAACUCGGCCGUCCAGAAACGGCUCAGCAUUUUUGAUUUU